AUCUCAGCAAGUUAGUGUGGAUCAGUGUACAAGAGUGAACGCUUGUUGUUGGCGCGUCCGUCGUCUUUUAAAGCUAUUCGAGGUGUCUUCCGAACACAACGCUCAGUUUUUGUAUUAUUAUUUUUGGGCAAACUCCACAUAGCUAUUCCCAGUUUAGAGACCACUCACUCACUCACCGUUUGUCUGACGGCCUGCCUGUCACAAGUCACUCAGCCACUCACUCGCCGUGCUUUAAAGUGGCAUAACAUUCGAUGUGCAACCAAACAAGGGCCACUAAAGCGAACUAAAUUUCUAUAGAAAGUUUUUUGUUUGUUGUUUCCGAAUCGUGUUCGAAUCGUGUUAAUUCAACAAGUUUCUCGCAUGUGUCCGGAGGUAUGCGCAUGCGCCUUGGUCUUGUGAAAAUACAAAUUGUUACGCGAGUGUACAUUCCAACAGCUAGCCAGCCAGUCAAUCGGUCGGUCGGUCAGCCAGUACGCCAACACGAAAGCAAAAGAAAAAGUUUGUUUGAGCAAGCAUUUAGCAAUAUUUGUCUCUUAUUCGGAAACAAGGCCAGCCAGCAAUGACGGAUGUGGAAAAUCCACAACAAAUCCAAGACGAGAUUAAGAAAAUCUGUUUUGAAGGAGCCUGGGCUUGGAUUAUUGAAAUUGUCUUCUGGUGUUUAGUUGCCUGCCUGAUCAUGUACUUGAUCAGACGUUUGGUGGAGGGUCCAUUCUAUCGCAAGCCCAAUCGGGUCGAUGGCAAAGUUGUCAUUGUUACGGGCUGUAACACAGGCAUUGGCAAGGAGACGGCCAUGGAAUUGGCCAGGAGGGGGGCUCGCCUCUAUAUGGCCUGUCGUGAUGCUGCUCGCUGUGAAGCUGCCCGCCUGGAGAUCAUUGAGAAGACACAAAACACCAAUGUCUUCAAUCGCACUCUAGAUCUGUCAUCACUCUCCUCGGUGCGCCAGUUUGCAGAGCGCUUCAAGGCAGAGGAACAAAAACUGGAUAUCUUGGUUAACAAUGCUGGUGUGAUGGCCACACCGCGCAAACUCACCGCCGAUGGAUUCGAACAGCAAAUGGGCAUCAAUCAUUUGGGUCAUUUUCUGUUGACAAACCUGCUCUUGGAUCGCCUUAAGGCUGCUGCACCCAGCCGUGUGGUGGUUGUCAGUUCGGCUGCCUACAUCUUUGGUAGCAUCAACAAACAGGAUUUGAUGAGUGAAAAAUCGUAUUCGAAAUUCUUUGGAGCCUAUUCGCAGAGUAAACUGGCCAACAUUUUGUUUACCCGCAAAUUGAGUGAAAUCCUGAAAGACUCCAAGGUGACGGUGAAUUGUUUACAUCCCGGCAUUGUUCGUACCGAGCUAAUGCGUUACAACUCCUGCCCCAAGACAUGGAAUGUCAUUAAGAGAGUUAUUGAUAUAUUCAUACGCUCACCCAAGGCUGGCGCCCAAACAUCAUUGUUUUUGUCGUUGGAUCCGAAAUUGGAAUGUGUUUCGGGGGGUUUCUACUACAACAUGUUGAGAUUCCCUGUCUUGCCGAAGGCUAAGGAUGCUGAAAUGGCCGAAUGGCUUUGGCAGGAAAGUGAAAAAUUAGUUGGCCUCAAACAGUCCAUGGCUGCGCCAGUGAAAAAAGAAGAGAAUUCUGAAAUGGAAACGGUUAAAGUUGUGGCGAGAGAGGAUUGAGAGAGAGAGUAAUUUAUUUACAUAAAUAAUUGAAAAAAAUAAAAAAAUAAAGAAUAAAAAUGAGAAAAGUACCAGUUUAGUUUGUAAAUUUUUAUUUUUAGUUAUUAACUUUUUAUAUUUAUUUUUUUUAUAUCUUUAACUUAAAAUGAUAAUUAAAGAAGAACAAAUACAUUUAUUAUUUAUUUUGAAAA